UCAGUGCGUGCGGCCGGUCAAGUAUAGAGCGAACUUACACAUGUCAAAAGACGAACCAUCUUGAUGUUCCCGCCUGUCCAUUCGUGUUCCGAGACCCGAAAAAGGACCAAGCAACUGCCCCCUACUGUCAGACAGCUCAGACAACUCGAUCGAUCGUCAGACCGCUUGCAGCCAUGCCUACCGAACGCGAGUUCCAAGUCGCGCCCAUCGUGCCGGAGUCGGUGAUGCACAACACCAAGGCGCUAUCAAAUCUCCAGAGCCUGACGGCGUCCAUCUUUGGCGUUGCCGCCGGCAUCCUGGGGCUCGAGUCCUACAAUGGCUUCCUGUUUUACUUCGUGUUCACCCUCCUGACGACCGUCCUCUUCUACGCCUUCCGUGUCGCGCCAACGUCACUCAAGUCGGGCCUGGGCAUGUUCGACACCAGCAGAUACUACAGGACACAAUAUGAGUUCUGGACUGGUGGCAUAUUCGGGGGUCUUGCUGGGUAUAUCCUGACUUGGACCUUGUUUUACGGAUUGAUACGCGCAUGAUGGCGACGGCUUGCGCCACGGGGCUACAGGCGGCAUUGGUAUGGUGUUAUGGUGUUAUGAUGUUAUGGUAUCUGUUUUCUUGGACUGGUAUGGCACUUGUUAUGAGCAAAAUACACCCAUUUGGAGAUAAUGUCAAU